CGUCUAAACGGGAAAGGUCAGCAACAGAAGCUGGUAACGGCUACGGCCUUGCCAAGCCUUAAAAUUGGAGGCUGGAGCAGCUUUCACUGUCAGCGCGCAGGGUCAGGAUUGCAACUCUAGGACCUAGAGCCUUUUCCAUGGGCAAGGUUUUGAACAGCGCACUGGGAGCACUCACAGUUCCGUUUUGUGGUGUAGCCACGCUUUACCUGCUUCAGAAGAAAAGAGAGAUUGCGAGAGAGGGCACGAAGGUUCACGUCAGUUUUCGACUGGGCGCGCCUACAAAGAAUUAGUGGAAGAACCUGCAAGCUUCCCUUCAAGAAAGCAAUCAUCUCUCUGAUCGAAGGUGGUGCAGUCUGAAACAAGCAAAGGACGUUGAGUGGAUUCACAAUGAGGCCAUUAGAUGAAGAGGAAACAAAGGCUGUAUUUGAAAAGCUCUAUCAGUAUGUUGGAAAGAACAUCAAACACUUGAUUGAAAGGCCAGCUGGAGAAGGCAAGGAUGAUGACGGGCACUACUGCUUCCGGCUUCAGAAGAACAGGGUCUACUAUGUUAGCGAGGCCUUGGUAAAGAGAGCCACGAAUGUGGGCCGAGAGCAUCUUGUGGCUUUGGGGACCUGCAUAGGGAAAUUCACAAAAGGUGGCAAGUUCAGGCUAACGGUCACCUGCUUGGACCUUUUGGCUGCACACGCAAGAUUCAAGAUAUGGCUCAAGCCUUCCGCUGAGAUGUCCUUUCUGUAUGGCAACCACGUGCUAAAGGCGGGCCUUGGACGAAUUACAGAAAACACCCCGCAGUACCAAGGAGUGGUCAUAUACAACAUGUCAGAUGUCCCCUUGGGCUUUGGAAGCACUGCAAAGUCAACACAGGACUGCCGGAAACUGGAGCCGAAUGCAAUCGUGGCCUUUCAUCAAGCUGAUAUAGGGGAGUACUUGCGGACGGAGGAUGAUUUGUGAACAUGCUGCUCUAUCAUUGGUCACCUUUCAGUUUCUUGUUGGCACAAGCGAAGCGCGCUUGUGUUUCAUCUUCGCAGUACGAACUUCCGAGACGACAUUCGUAAUUUUGUGGUUAACAGAAGCAGCUAGACUCAGUGAUUUUAGUUCUUCAAGUUCUUUAACUUGCAUCCUUGGCUGCGUGAUUGCUGAAAGCGUGACAAAUCCACGAACAAAUCAACUUCUAGUCGAAGUUGACUAGAAUGCUCACAUGUGGAACCUGCGUCAUGGUGCAACCAAUGUAGCUUAUAACGAGUACUUGAUGCAGG